AACUUGGAUUCUUAGAACAAACCGACGAAAUUUUUGCAGCUUGUUCUAAUGUCAAAUUACAAAAGUACUUGUUUAGUGCGACACUUCCUUCAGGAGUUGAAUCUUUGGCAAAUAAUUUCAUGAAAGAUCCCAUCAGGAUCGUCAUAGAAACCAUAAAACAACAACUUAUUUAUGUCGGUGAAGAAAAUGGAAAAUUAACAGCUAUGCGGCAAUUGAUUCAAGAGGGUGGAUUAAAACCACCUGUUCUUAUUUUCGUUCAAUCAAUUGAAC